UUAGAGAGGGUUUCCCUCAUAUAAAUGGAUGAGGGCAUUUGCUUCAAUAUCAAGAGCGUAGAGUCCUCCCGACGGGAUUUACGCCUGUUUGCUUGCCUUGUAAACUCUAUGGUGCGAUAGAAACAAACGGAAGGGAAAUCCUAGCGCGGCCUGAAUUUCGACAGCCCCGAACUGCAAAGCGGUAGCAGCAGCGGCACCGCCGAGGAGGCGGCGGCGGCCGUGGACGGAGGGCGGUCGAGGUGGGGGAAAUCCUGACCUGUUACUCUCCGGCACGCGGGGCGCAGAAGUAAGAGACCAUGGCAGAACAUGGGGCUCAUCUCACUGCCACCUCCACAUAUGAGGACAGGCCUUCUAUAUUUGAAGUUGUUGCCCAAGACAGUUUGAUGACUGCUGUGAGACCAGCAUUUCAGCAUGUGAUCAAGGUAUUGGCUGAAUCCAACCCUUCAUAUUAUGGUUUUCUGUGGCGCUGGUUUGACGAAAUCUACACCUUCCUGGAUCUUCUACUCCAGCAACACUACCUCUUUCGGUGCAGUGCUUCUUUUUCUGAAAACUUCUAUGGCUUGAAGAGAGUUGCACUGAAAAGCAAAAGGAAUCAGCAGGGAUCCUUGGCCACUGCUGGACUUCCCCAAAAGCAUCAUUGGAAAUCUCUCUGCUUGCUGGUCCUGGUUCCGUAUCUGAGAACUAAACUGGAAAAGUUGAUCUCCCGUCUCCGGGAAGAGGACGAUUAUUCUAUCCACCCUCCGUCAUCCUGCUGGAAGCGGUUUUACAAGGCCUUCCUGGCUGCUUAUCCCUUUGUGAACAUGGCUUGGGAGGGCUGGUUUCUGGUGCAGCAACUGUGUUACAUUCUGGGGAAGGCUCGGCACCACUCCCCGCUGCUGAGACUGGCUGGCGUGUAUUUGGCUAGGCUGACAGCAGAAGAUCUGCGGGCUUUGGAAAACAUACAUGUAGCUGCUGGUGACGUCAUGCAGUCUUCAAACAGCAUGAAAGAGCAAAUGCAGUCAGCUGGGAAAAAAAUCUUGGGGGGCCUGGCUUUCUCUCUGUCCACUGGCCUCUCUGUGGGCAUCUUCUUCCUCCAGUUCUUGGAUUGGUGGUAUUCAGCUGAGAAUCAGGAGACCAUCAAAUCGCUGACUGCUAUGCCAGUCCCACCACCACCUGUGCACCUGGACUAUGAGACUGAUUCGCCUGUCUUGCCAAAGCUCAAGACAAUAUGUCCAUUGUGUCGUAAAAUACGUGUCAACGAUACAGUCCUCUCCACCUCUGGCUUUGUUUUCUGCUAUCGCUGUGUCUACCCUUAUGUGAAGCAUCACCAGCGGUGUCCCAUCACUGGCUAUGCCACUGAACUUCAGCACCUUGUCAAAUUAUACACACCUGAACACUAACAGGUCCAUUCUCCAAUCUUUAUAUAAAAACUGGAACGCUACAUUGCAGAAUUGGGUGCUUUUUUCUGAUUAUUUUAAGCAAGGGUUUUACUGACAGAGGAGGUGGCUUUUAGGAGUGUAGCUAUACUUGCUGUUUGGAAAAUCAAUAGAAAACAGUUAUUAUCUUUGGUCCGCCUCACCUAACUGAUUUUCUCCUAAUAUCUAUUAAGUGAAAACAGGUUAGCUGAGAAAGACUAUUAGAUAGAAAAAAGGCCCAAUCUGCUCCUCAUCAGUAUGACUUGAGGCACAUUUCUAUUUUUCCUAAAACAAUUGGUCAUUAACUGGCCAGUUCAAGGUUUCAGACCAAUUUUGUUAACAAUGUUAGAAAAAACCAGCUUUAAUAGAAGCAGCCUAGAACUAAGAAUACAUUUCCUGAUAGAACAAUUAAUUGCUGGAAUGACUUGCCUCCAGAAG